AUGGGUAUUACACCGUCUCUCAUUACACAGGGCAGUAAAAUCCUCUGUUUCACAGAGCCCAAUUUCAGUCUGAAAUUCAUAGACAGUCUGUCAUUUCUAACCAUGAAACUCAGCGCCAUGCCAAAAGCCUUAGGCUUUGAUCACCAGAAGGAAUUUGAAUUAUUUAGGACCAUUUCCCCCAGCCCACUUGCUACGCGGCAGAGCUCAUGGUUCCUGCUGAGCGCUAGCGGUUUGACACGUAGUACAGCGAGAGCCACUGUAUAUCCCCCACGGGCUCUGUAUUUUCCCGUUCUGCCUCACAAGAUAUCUGCGGGCAAACUGGUUUUCACUCUGUGCCGCGCAUGCGCGGAAAUCAACAAUCAGGAAGGUCCCUGUUCACACUCCGACAAAGAGAGGGCGCUGACUGGUGUUUGGGUUAGUGUAGAGUUUUCGAAAGCUUUAAAUCUGCGUUAUACUGUUGCAGAAAUCACUGAAGUCUGGCAUUUCAAGAAACAAAGCAGCACGAUCUUCAAAGAUUAUAUCCACACCUUCCUGAAGGGUAAGCAGGAGGCCUCAGGCUACCCGGCUGAUGCGACGGAUGAGGAGAGCAGGCUAAACUAUAUAGAAGACUACAGAAAUGACCUGGCUCAAACCACCAUCGUGAGCAAACCCGAUGAAUUUUUCAACUUUCUGUUCUCCUGUAAAUACACAAUCGCCUACUUUCAUUUUCUGACUGAUGAAAUGUGUAUGAUUCAGUGGAAAUACAACAGGGGCUGCAUUUCCCCGCCCAACAAGAGCUGUCUCGAGCGAGUGCAAGAAAAAGUCCUGUACAUAGAUACCGACAGUCUUAUCUACAUGGUUAAAGACGGGGAUGCCCCCCUUGAACUGGGAAAUUAUCUGGGGGACUUGACGGACGAGCUGGGAGGGGACACGAUUAAGGAGUUUGUGGCAUUAGGACCCAAAAGUUACGCCUACCAGACCAGAGACCGGAAGAAGGUUGUAAUGCGCGUUAAAGGCAUCACUCAAACUCACAAGUCUAGCCAAAGGGUGAACUUUGACAGCGUUAAAGACCUGGUAGAAAGUUUUCUGCAGGGGGCCAGAGGGGGCGUAAUAGAGGCCCUGCAGCGGACCAUUAGGAGAGAUGAAAAGAGGUUCCACCUUCAAAAUGCAACAUUCCAGAAAAGGUUUUGCGUGGUGUAUGACAAGAGAACGCUCUUUGCAGACGGGACAACUCUGCCUUUUGGUUACUAG